AUGGAUUCUUUGACAAUUUCUAUAUUUGGCAAAACUUGCGGUAUUGGAAUUUAUCCAACUGGCGGAUUAUAUUGCGUAACAGAACAAAGUGGUACUGGAAGUCCCUUUGGAAAUGCCUAUAUGCUUAUAACCGCUGGUUAUUUAAUUUCUCUAGUGAUGGUUAUCCCUUUGGGAGUUUUGGAACUAGUCGAUAAUGUUAGAAUACAAAUUGCUUCCUUCGUCACUUUGAUAUUUAUUAUCAUCGUUUGGCUUGUCACGUUCAUUAUUCACGGUCUUACUAGAGAUUUUGUUCCUUUUGUUGGUAACAGUCAAAGUCAAGUAGUAGGGACUGUCUUAUAUAAUUACGCAUUUAUAACUACUGUACCGAGUUGGGUUCAUGAUACGGGUCGGAAUGUUCCAAUCAGAAAAAUUGUAUGGAUCUCUAUAAUUAUAUCCACUAUUCUAUAUGUUUCACUCGGAGUCUUAGGAGGAAUGGCUUAUGUGAUGGAUUCAAAGUCAAACAUUAUUGCAGUCAUUGGUCAAUCUAAUCAACGAACUAUAGUUAGCCUGAUUACAACCUAUUUAUUUCCCAUAGCCGCUUUGGUGACGAGCAUUCCAGUAUUUACGAUCGUGGUGCGCCUUAAUUUGAUGAAUAAUAAUAAUUUAAAUAAAAAAAGUGCCAUACUUUUAUCAAGCUUUAUUCCUUGGAUUGUUAUCCUCCCGUUCCAAACUGGAGUUUGGCUCAACGAAUUUAUGAAUUGGACAAGUUUAAUAUUCUCAACUAUUAGUAAUUUUGUUCUCCCAUUCUAUCUAUAUCAUUUAAGUUAUAAACAAAACCUUAUUAAAGAUGAUAAACAUGAAAGAUUAACAGUACCUUCGGUCACUGAUCAAUUCUCGAUAAAAAGUAUUGUUAUAACACAAAUUGAUGAUCCAGUUAAAAUUGUAACUCCAGCUGACAAAAAUAAUAAUUUAUCACUUCCAAUUGUCAUCUGUCCAUCAUCACCUAAAAUUUAUUCAAAAAAUCAUCCAAUACCUGAUGACGAUGAUUCCCAUGAUAAUGAUCACCUUACACCAAGUAUGCGUACUCCAGAUACUUUAAGACGUAGAAGAUCUCGUUCUCCAAGUAAAUCUCGUAGUCACUCACGAAGUAGUUCAAAAGUUAGCAUAGAAACAUGCGAAGCUGAUUCACACAAUAGUUUAAAAAUUGAUGUGAAAAGUUUCGAUGUUCCAACAUUGAAAACUUCUCAACCAACAAUUAUUAUUAGUGAUAAAAAGUGUGAAACUGAUAUAAUUGAUAAUUUACAUAUUAAUAGCUUAUCAAUUAAUUCUCAUGACCCUAGUCUUUCUCGUUCACCAUCCCCGAUAUUAAUCUUUGAAGAAAUUACUAGUAUGAAAUCUGAUGAAAAUGAAAAUUCAAAGCCUGACGUAUUUAUAGCUUUUCCAGGAUUAAAUCCUAAAUAUGGAAUUCGGAUUGCGACGUUCUGUGGGAUAAUUGCUAUUUUGUUAGCUUGUACAAUGAUUUUCUAUGAUUUUGUUGAAUUAGGGAUGGGGAAUAAUGUAUUUAGUUAG